CACUCAGAGACAAGACAGACUGGCUGUGUUCAGGUUCAGUGUCCAAAGAAAGAGUCCUUUAAUUUUAAACAGACGAUACACUGAAGAGAACUAGAAGUCUCCGAAACUGAUGAAUAUAAAGAUAUGUAUUUUUAAAAGUGAAGCUAUAACUAGAAUGGCCUCUGCUUAAAUUCAGGUGAUAAAAAUUAUGCGCUUCAUACUCAGGAAUCAUGAGGAUACCAAAAUUAGCCAGUGUUUUUCUACUUGUGAUAAGUCUUGUUGUUUAUUUGUCAUAUGUCAAGAAGCACAUUGACAGUACGACUCCUUCAGACUCUAAAAACCCAGUUCAAUCUAGAAAUGGAAAGGAUGAGCUGUGCCAUUCAGAGAAAAGUCAUUUCCUAUAUGGGAUCAUGUUUGAUGCUGGAAGCACUGGAACAAGGGUGCAUGUCUUCAAGUUUGAGAAAACACCAAAUGAGGCUCCUAAAUUGGCACAUGAAACAUUUAAAGCUAUAAAACCGGGACUGUCACCCUACGCUGAUGAUCCUGAAAAGUGCACUGCUGGGAUCCAAGAGCUUUUGAAUGUUGCUAAAGAGAAUGUUCCUUGUGACCUUUGGAAGAGCACUCCCCUUGUGCUGAAGGCAACAGCUGGACUGCGUCUGUUACCUGGUGAAAAGGCUAAGCAGCUGCUGGAUAAGGUGAAAGAUAUAUUCCAGGCAUCACCCUUUCUCUCCAGAGAAGACUGUGUCAGUAUAAUGGAUGGCUCAGAUGAAGGCAUUUCAGCAUGGAUCACAGUCAAUGUUUUAAUAGGCAGCCUGCAUGGUCAGGAGCAAAACACUGUAGGAAUACUGGAUUUGGGAGGGGGCUCAACACAGAUAACGUUCGCUCCGCGACACGAGAAAACAAUUCAAACCUCACCAGUAGACUUCAUCACAUCGUUUCAAAUGUUCAAUAACACCUUCUCACUCUAUUCACACAGCUACCUGGGACUUGGUUUAAUGUCAGCAAGACUUGCCAUUUUGGGGGGGUUAGAGGGGGUGCCAUUGGAGAAAGGAAACACAUUGGUGAGCCCAUGCUUAGCCCCGGACUAUGAAGAACAGUGGGAGCAUGCUGAAGUAGUUUAUAUAAUCAAAGGGCAGAAGGCAGGAGAGCCCCUCUAUGAGUCCUGCUACAGCAAAGUGGAGAAAAUUCUCUAUAGAAAAGUUAAAAAGGCAGAAGAGGUGAAAUAUAUGGAUUUUUACGCUUUUUCAUAUUAUUACGACAGGGCUGUGGAUAUUGGUAUAAUUGAUGAAAAGACAGGCGGCAAUAUAAAAGUUGAAGAUUAUGAAGCAGCAGCCAAAAAAGUGUGCAAAAGUAUGGAAACUGAUCAAGGGGAGAACCCAUUCCUUUGUCUUGAUCUAACAUACAUCGCAGCCUUGCUACAAGAACUGGGUUUUCCAAAGGACAAAGUCUUUAAGCUUGCAAGGAAGAUAGACAAUGUAGAAACCAGCUGGGCACUGGGAGCCACCUUCCGUUACAUUGAAUCCCUUCACAAACACUGAUGAAGGACUAGUUUGUGCAGUAAUGUAGAACUGUCUUGUUAAGAACCGUUUUUACAUUUAUGAAACAUUGUUUAUAUGACUAUUUUUCACAUUUGCAGGUUGCUUUAUUGUUUAUAUAUAUAUAUAUAUAUAUAGAUAGAUAGAUAGAUAGAUAGAUAGAUAGAUAGAUAUAGAUAGAUAGACAGACACACACACAGGGUUAGAAAAUAACAGUGGUACUCCUACCUUUUGAAACUUGCUAGUCCUGAUGUGCCUAUGUUGGAAUCGACAAUAGCUGGGGUUCCUAAAAAUAGGCUUAAACAUUGUUAUAAUUUUUUUUUUUUAAUUUAUUUAUUUUUUAAGAAAAGGCGCCUUGGUAAACACUCCUACAGAUCGAUUAAUCAUCUGUUUGCACCUCGUUACUGAGCGAGUACUGUACUGUGUGCUGAGAAACUGACAGCACCAGACGUGAUGAAUUUGAAGAAGGUUAUCACAUAAUUUUGUGAACUGGCAAUAGCUACUACCAUAUUUUAUUUUAGUAAUACAUUUAUUUCUACCAGUUAUUUGUACCAAUUAUAUGAAGUAUAUUCUGCCAAAACAGCUAUAAUGUAUUCAGUUGUAAUGUGAAUUUUGUAUAAUUAUUAUAUACUUAAAAGCACAAACAUUAUUGCAUAAUAAAUAGAAGACCUUGAUCCAUUAAUUCUGAUGAUGUGUUGCAAAAGCAAAUGUAGAGAAAAAAAUGUAAUGUGUUCCAUAGGUUAUGGAAUUGCAAUACUUGUGUUGGUUUUGUAUGUUCUAUUACCAACAGCUGCAGAAAACUUUCUCAAACAGCAAGCUCAGGGAUACGGCUGGUUUAUGACCUAACGUCAUUUUUUACAGUUACUGUAAAAAUCGUUUGUAUAGGUCGCACUGGUGUAAAAGUUGCUCCCCUCUUUGAGACUUCAAGUUUAGGGAAAAAAACAAUGUGUUAAAAUAGCUUUUUUUAAAUAGCUUUUCCCUACAUGCUCAACACCGAUAAAUAAAGAAAGA